ACAACUUCAUGUCUUAAUUUGACUAGUCUUCGUGUAUUUGCCAGUCAAAGCUCUCUAUUAUAGCUUUCAGUUUAAAUUCUUGUAUACAGAAUACGUAUAAAUACAUGAUUCGGGUAGAUUGUAAUCGUGCUUGGAGUUGGUAGUAAAAAUAAAGAUGAAUAAUAAUCAAACCAAAGGAUUAAGCGACGGAGAAUACAUAGUACUUCGGGGAGCUGGAAAUACGAUAACGGCAUGUUACUACGAAAAAGUAACAAACGACAAGGCGUUUUGGAAAAGUGAAUAUUCAUUGAUCAAUUCUCUUCCUUACUUUGUCAUACAAUUGAGUCUUAUGAUGUUGUGCAUUCGUCUUUUGUUCAUUGUCCUCAAACCUCUUCGCCAGCCACGUUUCUUGGCAGAGCUUUUGAGUGGCGUUUUGCUAGGCCAAACUUUCACCGCGGUCAGUCCAUUUUCUAAUCGAUACAUACAUCCGGCCAAGUCCACCACGACGUUAGACACCAUGGGCCAAUUAGGUUUGGUUUACUAUAUGUUCCUUGUGGGCUUAGAAAUUGACAUAACUACGUUGAGAUGCAUUGAGAGAAAGGCCAUGUGCAAUGCAGCGAUCACUAUUCUGUUUCCUCUCUUUUCUGGGAUAGGAUUAUAUUACUUCAUUAUGCAUUUCAAAGAUGCGAAAUUGAUGGGUAUGGGCGGUGCUGUGUGGGCCAUUACCCUCACUGUCACGAGCUUUUCUGAUCUUGCUCGAGUCCUUUCAGACAUGAAGCUACUACAUACGGAUAUCGGAAGAUUGGCCUUAUCGUCAGCUAUUCUUUGUGACCUUGUAGCUUGGUCUCUUUUGGUGGCCACAAUAACAAUGGCUAACCAACAUUUUUAUUACUUGAAUGUAUUUACAAUGAUUGCAUUUGCGGUUUUAUGUUGGUUUGUGGUGCGGCCUGGCAUUUCCUGGAUUAUUCGUCUCAAUAACUCAUCCAAUGGAGGCAUCGAUUACGAGCUGCUUACAUAUUUUAUUCUUGGAGGUGUAGUCGUCUUCGGAUUCAUUACAGAUGCUUGCGGCUCUCAGUCCAUGAUAGGAGCUUUCUUGUUCGGACUUGUUAUACCCAAAGGAGAUCUUACAACAAAGCUCAUAGAGAAACUUGAAGACUUUGUCACUGGGAUUAUGCUUCCAGCCUUCUUCUGGACCAACGGGCUUAAGACCGAUCUAUUUGAUAUGACUGGUAGUGUUAAUCCAUUGAUUGUCAUCACAGUCGUAAUUUUGGCUUGCUUGACGAAAAUUGUAGGCGCCUUCAUCUUCUCAAUGACUCAGGGCAUGUCUACUCGGGAAGGAAUCCUUCUUGGGGUCCUUAUGAACACCAAAGGCGUUUUGGCUUUAAUUGUUAUGAACUCUGGGAGAGAUUUGCGGGGCUUUGACCAACAACUGUUUGCCAUUAUGACCAUGUCCUUGAUCCUAAUAACUUUGAUGGUGAAGCCUAUUGCCAUGGCUGCCAUUAAGUCCACAAAGCAUGUCAGACCGUUCAAACGCAGGACCAUUGAGCGAAGCAAAAAUGACUCUGAACUACGAAUUCUUUCUUGCAUUCAUUCGACUAGCAAUUUAUCAGGAAUGAUUAAUCUUCUUCAAUACUCUAAUCCUACAAAGCAAUCUCCCAUCUGCAUUUUCGCUCUCCAUUUGCUUCAACUGACAGAAAGACGUGUUACUGCAAUGCUAAUUGUCCAUGACGCUUACAAUCAUGUUACUGCUGCCACCGGCCAAGGGAGCAAAAACCAGGAGGUACAAGAGUCAGAACACAUCAUCAAUGCCUUCCACACCUUUGAAAGCAAAUUCACAGCGAUCUCAAUUCAGGCACUAACGGUCGUAUCUCCAUACAGCUCCAUGCAUGAAGAUGUGAGUAGACUAGCAGAGGACAAGAGAGUCAAUCUCAUCUUGGUUCCAUUUCAUAAGCAACCAGAUAUUUAUGGCAAACUUCAGGAUGAGGAGGACGUUUCAUUGAGAGCCGUCAAUAGAAACCUCCUAGCAACGGCUCCUUGCUCUAUUGGAAUACUCAUCGAUAGGGGUCUUGGCGAAUUCCAAACACAGACCCACUUCAUCAUGGCCUUUCUUGGCGGGGCAGACAGUCGUGAGGCCUUAGCUUUUGCGUGGAGGAUGGCAGGAACCAUGGGAGUGAUGCUUACAGUUGCGCGUUUUGUUCCUACUACAGCAGUAGUGAAUGAGGAAAAAGAGGCUUUAACCGAGCUGGAUAUAGAGAAAAAGCUAGAUGAUGAUUAUGUUAAUGACUUCAGGUACAAGACGAUGUACGAUGACUCCAUAAUAUACACAGAAGUACCAGUGAGCUCUGCGGAUGAAAUAAUCACAACAAUGAGAAGAAUGCAUAAUGGUUGUGAGUUGUACAUAGUAGGACGAGGGCAAGGAGCUGCAACACAAUUGACAAUGGGGCUAUUAGAAUGGAGUGACUGUGAGGAGCUGGGAGCCUUAGGUGACACUCUACUUUCAUCAGACUUUUCAGAGAAUUCAUCCAUCCUUGUAAUCCAACAACACUGUAUUCCAGCUACCAGAGAGGGAGGAGUUAAGAAUGCACAUGUCCAUCACAAGUUCCACCAUUAUAACAACUAAAUGACUUGACACUAACAUGUAGCUAGCGUAACGUCCCUUCAAGUUUCAUUAUUGAAUUAUUUCCUAUGUAUUUUCCUGCAUUUGGAAAAAAAAUUAAAAGGACUGGAUUUUGGUUUUAACUUUA